AUGGCGGCAGUCACCAAAAAUAUCGGCAGUCAGGACAAAAUCCCCUCGCACACGGCAAUGGACGCUUCCACAUCCGAGCGGCGAGAGUAUGGUAAAUCCGACCAAGACUGGGAAAGUCGGAGCAGGCUCAUUCAUGACUACCUUGAAAAGAACUCCCCAGAGUUUGUCAAAGUCCGCGACUUGCGCAAGAAGGGAUGGGAAAAUCCUGCAGGUGACACUUUCUUCGAGAACCAACGUCGUGUUGCCGAGAACCCCAGCAAGCGGGCUACAACCGCUUUCUACGACAUGAUGAACAAAAUUGGUCAAGAGAUGCAGAGAAACACGGGCGCCCUCAAAGUCAAAACUCCUAGCUGGGGCAGGACGCAGAUCCUUGACAUGGGCAUGGCGCCCGGCGGCUUCCUCGCGACGGCCAUGCACCUGAACCCAGGUGCUCAAGCGAUGGGCUUCAGUCUUCCCGAGUCUGAAGGAGGUCAUAAGGUCAUGAUACCUGACAAUAUCGACAUUGACCGCAGAGACGUCGACGUGACCAUGCUCGCUGCGGAUCUGGGCGCCAAUGAUAUCCCCGCCAACCACCCAGACUUUGCCAAGUUCCUCCCUCGCCAGUUCACGCCUGACCAAGAAUUCGAUCUCGUCAUUUGCGGAGGAACAAAGGUGUACAAGCAAGAGCUUGCCUCGUAUCGAAAUGAGACAGAGUCUCAGCGACUGACCACCAGUCAGCUAGUGCUCGGCCUCGAAAGGCUCAGGCCUGGAGGAACCAUGGUUGUACUUUUCCACAAGAUGGAGGCUUGGGGCACGGUUCGUGAGCUCUACUGCUUUUCCCAGUUCUCUGAGGUGAAGGUCUUCAAGCCGAUGACUGCUCACAACAAGCGCUCCUCAUUCUACAUGGUGGCCACGAGAGUUCAGAGUAAGAGCCCCCCGGCCGUCGAGGCCGUGCAUCGCUGGAAAGAGAUUUGGCAAGCUGCCACAUUCGGGUCCAUGAAGGACUUUCAUGAGGCUAGGAGCAAGAACGUGCCUGACGUCGAGGAGGUACUUGACAAAUUUGGUGAUCAGCUUGUCCGAAAGGGUCGAAGAGUUUGGCAUAUCCAGGGACAAGGUCUCGAGAAAGCGCCUUUCAUUUAG